AGCCGAGUCAAUUUAUUUAGUUUAACUAGACUUUAGUUAGAAGUAAAGACGUUUUUGCUCAAAUAAAAUUGAUGAAUUGAAUAUGUUAUAAAAAUGUUCGAAUGGGCGUAUAGUGGUGCAAAUAAAGCUGUCCCAAGAAAUGUGGGCCCUGAAUGUGCCUUCUUUUUGACACCCCAGAGAAAAAUUAUUGAAACUAUAAUUGUAUUUCUAAUAUGUGUUUAUUUAUUAGUGAAGACUUAUCCAAUAUUAAAAAUACCCAUUGAUACGGAUUACACCAAAAGUGACAGAGGCGGCAAACGAUUGCUUUUAAUCCUUUUAGCACUAUUAUGGGGAAUGGAAAUAGGGUUUAAAUUUGCUUCACACACUGUGAUAUAUUUGUUGAAUCCAUGUCAUGUAACAACAUUAAUACAAAUUUAUUUACUAGCUGCUCCACCAAGUAAAAUUGUUACAGCAUUGUUUAGAAUUCAUUUAUAUUUGUUAAAUGGACCUCUUCUUGCAUUUUUAUUUCCAGAAACAGCUUCCAGGAAGAUUUUUGUGGAAGCUGCCUUGUACUGGAUACAACAUGGUAUGAUGUGUAUUAUACCUUAUUAUUUAUUGAGACUUGGAGGCGUAUAUAAUAUUGAACCCAUAAGAGAUUUUAAUUGGUCUGUAUUUAGCUAUUGUCUAAAUUUGCUCUAUCAUUUCAUCAUAUUACAAAUUAUAGCCAUUCCAGCCCAAGUGAACUUGAAUCAUAUGCUUUGUCCAGCCAUCCUGGAUCCAUUUGACGGACCGUGGUACCGUGUUGUAGCUGUGCUUCAUCAAGCAUUACUAUGUCCAAUACUUGGCAAAGCAUAUUGCCUUAUUGCAGAAUUCUGUUUAACAAAAUUUCCACCUACCAAAGUUAAACCCCAAAUGAAAGACUGCUUGCAAGAAAACAAAUUUCCGCACCAGCUUGCCACACAUUCUCAUAAUGAUUAAAUGUUUUAAAUCAUUUGAAUGGCCUAUAAUCUCAUUUGAGGUGCCUAAUAGAAUAAUAAAGUUUAAAUUGUCUAAUAUAGAAUAUAUAAUAUAAUCUGUCGCGUCCACUUGGUUAUGAUAACAUUUAAGAUAAUAAUUAAGUCCUGAAAAACAUUUUUAUUCAUAACUAAAGUAAAUCAAUGUACCCAAACGAAGAAUAGCCUUAAUAGGCUUAAGUUAGUUGAGCAGCUAUCCUCAAUAGAAUUCAUUUACCAUAGAUACAAUUUCAUACUCCAUAAGUGGAAGCAGAUAGAAGAAGCGGUAUGAGGAUGGUGAACUAAUCAUGAUGAGUAAUAUAUUCACAAGAAGUCGAAUAAUGUUACCAAUAUUAGUUACAUAUCACUAAUACUCGCAAGGCCAUAGUGUAUGUCAGUCACCUCACUUUGUCAUGACUAAACCCUUCGAACUGCAUCAAAUAACCCAAUGGUAGUUGUUCGUACUUUGACUACUUCUACUACCACACUUGAAGCAAAAUUGCUUCCAGAGCCAGUUGGUACAAGAACUAUCAUUGGCCACACUUCAGAAUGUAGCAGUUCCAGGUAGAAAGUUUAAUUCUAAUCUGGUGAUGGGUUUUGGUAUGGUCAAUGACAUGAUUGGAUCAUUCCAUAUUAAGUAGUUCUCAGAGCAGAGGUGUAGGGUAAUAAGGGUAUUAAAUGAUGAAAUGUUUCCGAAAGUGUUAAGUGCAAUAGCAUCACUAAGAGUAUUUUGCACUUGGGAGAUCGUCUUGUCCGUGGGCGCUUAAAGAAAAUUAUAAGGAAGGUGUAUGAAAAUGUUUUAAAGUUAGACAAAAAGAGCCCUGUAUGGAAUCACGUCUCAAUUUUAUAUAAGCCAUACAAUUUUUCUUCACUUGAAAUGAAAUGCCUUUUCUUGCUCCUUUAACUUUUAUUUUUUAACGCUAACUACACGUCAAAUAUCUCAGAACAGUUAAAAACACAUAAUAUUAUAAAGCUUUUAUAAGUACGACUGUAGGAUGAUCACAUUACCGAGUAUUUACGAAGUGUUAAAAAAAAAUUAAAGUGAAAAUUUAAAUAAUAUUUUAUAUGAUUUUUAACGUAAUAAAAUACAACUAUGCAAAAUCAAUAGAACAAAAAAUUUCAUUUUAGUAUAAAUUAUAAUUAUAUUAUAAUUAAUUAUGUAUAAUAAAAUUAAUAAUAAUAUAAUUAAAUUAUAAUUAAUUUAAACGUAUUAUAAGAAUUUUCUUGUCGUUAGUUAUGUCGUCCUCCAGUUAAAAAGUAAAGUAAAGGCGAUGAUAAAUUAGAAAAAGUUUAAACAUCGCCACGUCUUUGAAAUGGUUCCAAGAAUAAUUUACAUUGUACACGGUCUGGUUUUUUUUUUAAAUACAUUACACGGUAUUAGUUAGAAACAUAUUUUCAACCACAGAGACCACAAUUGAAUAUUGAAAUGUCGUUCAUAAAGCGGUCUUUACAAUUCGUAAGUUACUACGCAUACAUUGUAUUCACUUUAUAAUGUUUAUAGUUAAUUGAUAAUGCAAAAGACAGAUCAUGGUGUAGCUAUUUCUAGGUUACCCCUGAAAAUAACACCAGUAUAAUAAAACGCCAAUGAUUUUUUGGUAAUACCUUAGUCAAGUUUAUGAACAUUAUGCGGAACUGUAUGCAAUAAAAUUGGGAGCAGCAAAA